AUGUCUGCAGACUCCGAUAAGAACGCGGCCGAGUCGCAAUUCAAGAACAUCGGCGAGAUCGUCGAGAAAGGGACAGAGGAUGGCGACGACCUUGGUCCGAUGCAGGUUGAAUCACUCUGCAUGAACUGCCACGAGUCGGGAACCACUCGCCUCCUUCUCAUUCGCGUUCCUUUCUUCCGCGAUAUCAUUCUCGAGUCUUUUGAGUGCCCUCACUGCUACUUCAAGGACAACUCCAUCAAAGCGGCCGGCCAGAUUCAAGAGCAGGGCGCGAAGUACACCCUUCAAGUUGAGAAUCUGGAGGAUAUGCAGAGACAGGUGGUGCGAUCCGACUUGUCCUCGUUCUCUGUGGAUACCCUCGGAAUCGAGAGCCCGAAGAGUGAAGGACAGCUCACCAACGUGGAAGGUGUUAUCCAAAGAAUCCACGAGGGCCUGUCGAACGACCAGCCCGCUCGCAAGGAACAGGCCCCCGAGCUCCACGAUGCCCUGCAGCCUUUGAUUGACAGCCUCAAGAGCUAUCUUGACGGAACUGGUUUUCCCUUCACCAUCUCCCUUGAUGACCCCACUGGCAACUCUUGGAUUGCCCCCAAUACCAAGGAUCGUGGCAACAAGUACCGCACCAAGCUCUACAACCGUACUCAUGAGCAGAAUGAGGAACUCGGUAUUGCUGGCGACUCCACGGCUGAGGCUGCUACGGAGGACCCUGAAUCUGAAAUCGUUGAUGGCCGCGAAUACUGCUUGCCCACUGAAUGCCCUGGCUGUGCUAAGCCCGCUGAGCUCCUGAUCAAGAAGGUGACCAUUCCCUACUUCAAGGAGGUGUACUUGUGGAGCAAUGUUUGCGAGCACUGCGGUCUGCGCUCUAGCGAUGUGAAGACCGGUGGUGAGGUGCCCGAGCUCGGAAAGCGUAUCACUUUGGUCGUUAAGAACGAGGUCGAUCUUUCCCGCGAUGUCCUCAAGUCCGACACCUGUGCCGUGCACAGUGAUGAGCUCGAAAUCUCUAUUCAAGCAGGCACACUCGGUGGUCGCUUCACUACUUUGGAGGGCUUGCUCACCGAGGUGCGUGACAGUCUCCGUGGCCAUCUAUUCGAUAUUGGUGGUGGCGGUGGUGACAGUCUCGAGACUUCCGAGAAAGCUAAGUGGGAUCGUUUCUUCGAUCGCCUGGAGUCUGCUAUCAAUGGUGAUUUCGAAAAGUUCGGAGGUCAAUUUACGAUCACUCUCGCAGACCCUCUGGCAAACAGCUACGUCCAGGAUCUGUGUGCACCAGCUGCGGACCCUCAGAUUACCACUGAGGAUUACAAGCGCACAGAGGAAGAGGAGGAUGACCUUGGUCUCAAGGAUAUGAAAACCGAGGGAUACGAGGAGGAUGCCAAGAAGGAGGAGCAGGACUCAUAA